AUGGAAGACGGAAUCUUGUUGUUAAAUAAAAAUUUAGAACCAAUGAUAGGAGCAGUGUUUGUCUUCGUUACUAUAUUUUGUAUGGUUACUUGUAUGAGUAAUAGUUGGUCAAAGAGCAAGCCAUUUCUAGGUUUAGCAAGUGUGGUAUCGGCAGGUCUGGCAGUUGUCACAUCUUUCGGAUUAAUGUCGGUUCUCGGUAUCAAGAAUACAAUAUGGAACAUUAGCAUUCCAUUUUUAGUCCUAGUUACUGAAAUAGAUGAUGCUUUCGUCUUGAUAGCGUGUUGGAGGAUCUCUGAUCCGAAGCAUAAAGUUUACAGGCGCAUGGAGAAGACAUUUGGUGAAGCGGGAGUUUCCAUAACAUUAACAACUUUGACCAAUUUCUUUUCCUACUGCAUCGGCAUGAUGGCCUCUUUCCCUCUGAUAAGAAUUUUCUGUUAUUAUUCGGCAACUUGCAUAGUGUUUACGUUUUUAUACCAGAUAACCUUUUUUGGAGGAUUUAUAGCAUUAUCAGGAUAUAAAGAAGAAAAUCAUCGUAAAUUAUCAAGUCGCAAUUUCGAAAACAUCGAAGAUGAUUCAGAAGAAGAUCAAAAAUCAGCUGAUGAACCUAUGAUGACAUUCUUCAGAGAUAAAUUAGGGAAUCUUCUUUCUCAUACCCUAAUGAAGAUAACCGUUAUUAUAAUUUUUCUUGUGAAUCUAUCCAUCGGAGUUUGGGGAGCUUUAACUAUUAAUCAAGGACUUGACUUUAUAAAGUUAUUUCCAGAAGGAUCGCCAGUGACAAACGGUACAAAAAUGAUUUACAAAUACUUUGGCCGUUAUCCAUACGGUUGUCAAAUAAUUAUCAAUACAACGUUAGAUUAUUCGGAUUUAAAUGUACAGAAAUCCAUAGAAAGGCUACAGAAAAAAUUUGAAAGUCUUCCAUACAUUGCGGAAUCACGAUUUUCCACUUCUUGGUUAAAGUACUACAGAGAAUUCCAAAACCAACCGAUAGCAAAGUAUUCAUUACAAGGUUAUAAUAUGUCCAUAAAACAAGAUUUCAUUGAUGGACUUCGCAAUGUUUUUCUCAGAUUUGAAGCAGCCAAACAAUUCACCAAUGAUAUUGUUUUUAAUGAAAACCAAUCCGAUAUUUUGUGUAGUCGAUUUCACGUAGCAGUAAACGACAUGUUAAAUCGAGAAGCGGGCAUGGAGUUGUUAAAUAAUUUAUUGAAAACAGCCGAAGAAUCUGAAUAUCCUGUUUUGGUUCAUACGCCAAUGUCUGCUAUGGACGAGCAAGGAAUUAUCAUCGGACGUACAAUCAAAGAUGUAUUUUGGAUCACUUCUGUUUUGAUAAUGAUACUUUUUCUUCUGUUUAUACCAAGCGUAGUGUCUGCCAUCCUCGUUGCGAUUUCGGUAGUUUCUACCAUAGUAGAAACCUUAGGAUAUAUGUCUCUAUGGGGCGUAAACAUGGACAUUUUGUCUAUGAUGAGUCUGAUAUUAUGUGUUGGCUUCUGUGUCAAUUAUCCGGCGCACAUGUCUUACGCCUUCGUGUCUUCGUCGUACGAAAGCCCGAAUGAAAAGUUGAAGGACGUUCUCUAUCAUAUUGGUUAUCCAAUAUGCCAAGGUUCUCUGUCCACCAUUUUCGGAAUUCUGUUUUUAUACAGAGAUAUGUACGCCUACAUGAUAUUUGUGAAAAUUGUAUUAUUAAUUGCUAUAGAAACUGCAUUUCACGCGUUAUUUUUUAUUCCUGUUACUCAUUCAUAUAUAUCGUCAAUAUUUCAUAAAAAUAAUUUUUCAAAGUGA